GGGAAAAGUGAGAAGUGAGAAAUGAAGAAAUGAAACGGGAGAGGGUGAGAGGGGGAAACGAAGUGAGAGCGGGAGCAGGAUAGGCUUGUCGUGGGUUUCGAUGAAGAACUGGGCGAACUGAGGCGCUACGAAACGACGAGUGACAGCUGCGGUUGGGGGGUGAAUGUGACGGGUCUCGGUGGUGUUGGGGGUUAGUUUAAGUCUACGAAUUAUGGGCAAGUUAUUGCUAGGCAAAGAGAUAAUAGAGCACUACCGUAGGAUGGAUAAUUGGGGGUAUUGAGAAUCUAAUUAGAUUGAUAGAGGAUAGGAAGAUGGGAAACUAGCUAGGAAAUGAAGCAACAAAAACGGAGCCAGUGACAAGAAGCCCUACUCGAUUCCUAUUUCUUCUCACCUUCAUCGUUCUCUUUUUUUACCCCUUCGUGUUUAUUUGGCUGAAGAGUGAUAUAAUCAAUUGUCAAUAGCGGGUGACAAUGUGAGGGCCAAUUCCGCGUCCCUAUUUUCUUCUCUACCUUGUUUUCUUUUCCUGGAGAGGGGAUCCGAUAGGAAGAGAACGGCAAUUUUUAUUCAUACCCCUUCUCUUCCUCUGAUCGCCCCUCUUUUUGUCUUGCUCCUAUCUUUCUCUGCUCACAUCCUUUUCCCCUCGCUUCUCUACUUUUCACUUCAGGAAGGAUAAUUACUGUAACUCAAAUUAAACUAGGAACCUUGCAAGUUGCGGCUGCGCCUUCGGUUGGCGGGCUGCGGGAGUCAAUCGGCGGAUCGGAGCGAGUGCACACUAGUCAUGGAUGGUUUGUCGAGACAGCGCAUUUUCCAGAGCCGCACCCGCUUUCCCACUGACUCGGGAUGUUCUAAGCCUGGUGAAAUCUGAGCCCUGACAUACAGUGUCUGGUGCAGCUCUUCUUUCUUUUUUCCCUACUUGUUCCUGGAUGAUCUUGAUGAUCCGACGAAGUACCGGUACCUCUCCCCCUGCCACAAGCACAAGCCUCAAAGCUACCCUUAAGGUACCGCACGGAACUAGAAUAAGUGCUCGGAAUGCGCGAGAGAGAUUCAUGGUUGAGACUGGAUGUGGGAUCAGAGUCCGUCCAAUUUGUUAGUCCGCUCGGGAUGGCCAACGGGGUUUUCUCCACCACGGAGGAGGUGAGAGACGGCCAACGAGCCCCCGCCUGCUCCACCUCAUACCCUUUACUAUUAUCAUCCCGCCCUCCUCACCGCAGCCACGCAGCAUUCGAUAGCACCAAAUGUUUGGGGUGCUCGAGUACUCGUGUAUCACCGGCGGCAGAGCCUUUACAAGUGGCACAAGGAGGGGUGAGUGCCGUGGAGUUCCUGGCCGAGAAGGAACGAAAAAGUCGGCCGGGGCAGCGACACAGCCGCAAGUCUGCUGGUGGGCAAUCAUUUGCUCGGCAGGGUGGUAAAUUAAGCAUAGGAUGAUUGCCAGGAUUGUAUUACAGUAGCACAUGAUCAGGUGUCGGUACUUUGGGCCUCCGAUGCCCGGGUUGACCAUUUUUUCCUUUUUUCCUUUUUUCUUCAUUUGAAUUUUUGUUUCCCAUUCGCUUCUAUAUAUUUUGUUGUUCCUGUUGGUGUUGAUACCGGUAGUCUAUGUAUCAUAGUCUACUGUACUAGUACUGUGCUCGUACUUGUGCUACGCCUCGACUUCUGUACUGCCCCCCUUUCUAAACCCGCCAACGACGAUACCUCCAACCCCGCCAACCUUCCCUAUCCUCUCUCUCCUUCUUCCGCCUCAUUGCUGUAAAUACCACUAACAUCAUCCGGGCCACCACCACAGCAACUACGACAAAUACGACCCUACAGCUUCCAGCUUUGCAUCGCUCCCGACCGAUCAUAUUCUCCCCGCCGCCACGGGUUCGCCAGCCACAUGCAUGCCUUCCGCUCGCCUAUCCCUUCUCGGCCCCUUCGCGUCGUCGAUUCAGGGUUCGUCUUUGCUUGUGCCUUUGCUCAACCCUCCCUCCUCCUCCUCCGCUGCUCAUUCUCAUCCGCGGCUGUAUCCCAAUCCCGCUCACAUCGUCCCACAUCGUCCUCCUCUACUCUCUCCGCUAAAAAUGCCUCACCAGUGCCAGAAGAAUCCAUGCCGUCGCGAGUGAGAGAUAAAGAAAACGGGAGCGUGAUCGGUAAAGAGACUAUCGGCUCAAGUAACAGCAAUCCCAGAAGCAGCACUAUCAGAAGCAGCAGAAUUGGGAAUUGGCAAUCCUCUCUCUUUGAUUCCCUAUUCCCCGAGGGUGACUCUAGGCCAACCCGACGCAAGCCAAUCGGCAGACUAGACAUCUCUGAGGAUUCCACGUAUCUGCCGGAUCUGAUGGAGGGGUUGGCACGUCGUAGAAGAGUGGGCACUGGGAAUUGGGCCAAGUCCAGAGCAUACAAGCCCCGAGAAAAUAAGUCUCGCCAUGGAGAAUUGGAGUUGGAGAGAAAAAAGCCGCUAGGGAGACUGACCACCGCUCCCCCCACACGUAGUAUGUCCCCCCAGCCUCCUUAGGAUUUCUCAGCCAAUUUUUUUCCCCCUUUUUUUUCCCCCCUCAGAACCUUUGCCACUUUUCUUUUUCUUCUCUCUUUUCCUCUCUGGUUACAAUUGCAGGUUUCCUUCAUCUCCUCGUCCUUGUCCUCACAUCUUCCACCCCUUGAAAUUAUGGAUAUAGUGUUUCCGGGCUGCUUCAGUUGCGCGGUGUAUCAACCUUGUUUGAGCGUGAUGAUGAUUUUUCCCCUUUGUUGGGCUAACAUUCUGUCGGAGUUAUUUCAAUUCUCACCAACUUACACUAGUCUAGCGCAGACAGAACAAGCAUCGGUUGUAUUCCUGAAGGGUGUUGGGACCACGAUGCUAGAAAGCGAUAUCAGACGCCUUCUUCCGUCAGGAGUUAGCCUUCCGGGGUUUGGCAAAUUCCUCGGUAUUCUUCGUAGUAUGAGCUCCUCCUCCUCCUUUCUAUCUUUAACUGAUGAUGAACCGUGUUUUUUUUGUUUUUUUUCUAAUUCAGGGAGAACCAGUCACCCCGGAUCGUCAUCCCGUAACAUUGCAGCAGCGGCCGAAGUACACGAUUGAGUUUUCUGAUGCUGCCAAUGCCGAAAAGUUUGUAUAUUCACUUAAUCUUGACUACCAGUUGGCGAACCCGUCCCCCAUGACUGCAACCACUCUUCCUCCGGCGUCUGCCCCAAAGUUUUCCCUCCCAGCUCAGGCGGCCGAGCAAGUGAAGAAUGACUUACGAACACUACGCGGCAUAUUGACGAGCGGAAAGUGCCAGUUGGGCUGUUCAGUAUUACUGGUGGCUUCCGGGCUGGGGGGAGACACGAAGGAGAGCGGCAAACUUCCAAGAACAGAAGAAGUCAGGCAAAUGCUCGAGGAGGCGGAUGUCCAGUUCUGUUCCAGGGACCAGGAGGAUGGAGGAGCCGGGGUGCAGAGGAUAUUGCAGUAUCGUACCACUGAUAACGGGUUCAAGGUGAGGGUGAGGGCUGAUGGGAACUCCCGAGGAGCAGAAUCAAAGUGGAUUGUCCGAUGCCGGGAUCCGGCGGAGGCGCAUCGAGUGGUUCGAGACUGGAAUGCGCGGGAGCUUCCCAAUGGGCUGGGAAAAUUUAUGGCGGAGAUGAUAUAUUGAGCUAGUUCACUUGAGUGUCGGCGCCUAUCUGCCCUACGGUCAUCGCUGGCACUGUGGACUGCCGGCUGUAGCAUUUGCAUUUGCAUUAAAGGAGUCUCGCUCAAUAUAUCGGCUUGAGAUUUCUGGUGGUGACUAGGCUGUUGGUAAGCGGUAGUCAGGUGUUCGUGUUUGUAGAAAGUGCAGUAGUAUGGCGAACCUUCGAGCAAGUGUAGUACGAAUUUUCGUCACGACAGGACAUGAUGAUUCGGCAGCCACAGAAACAUUUCGU